AUGUGUGGCCGGUUCGCGUUAUCGCUUAAGCCUGAGGAAAUCAGCUCCAGACUCACGGACAUCCAGCUGCACGUGGACUCCUGGCUGAAUGUUGACGAAUACCGUCCCAAUUACAACUUGGCGCCUCAGAACAGGGCGGCGGUGGUCAGACGUAUGGAUCCGAAGGAGAAUCGGCUGGUGAUCGAUUGCAUGAAAUGGGGACUAGUUCCUCACUGGUCUGAAUCCCCGCCCACGCACGGAAGCCUGCUCAAUACAAUCAAUGCUCGGGACGACAAGGUCGUCGAGCCUCGCGGAUUAUGGAAUACAAUCAAGGGCAAGAAACGAUGCAUCAUAUUGUGUGAAGGUUUCUUCGAAUGGUUGACCAAAGGGAAAGAUAAAAUCCCUCACUUCACCAAACGGACCGGAGGUCAACUAAUGUGUCUUGCUGGAUUGUGGGAGUCGGUGACUUACAAAGGGGCGACCGAAGAGCUGCAUACAUUCACCAUCAUCACUACCUCAUCCAACAAGUAUCUCUCAUUUCUCCAUGAUCGAAUGCCGGUGAUCUUGACUGAUCCAGAAAGUAUAGAGACUUGGUUGGACACCUCGAGUGGGGAGUGGUCUGGUAAUCUUGCAAAGUUAUUGAAGCCAUUCGAUCUGAGUGACGGCUUGGUAUGUUAUCCGGUACCCAAAGAAGUUGGCAAAGUGGGCAAUCAGAGUGCAGAUUUUUUGAAAUCGAAGCCAGCACCGUCAUCCUCAAGUGCUAACUCGGAGCAUGCGAAGAAGAAAGGGCCCGUGGGAUCGGAUCCAGCCCGGCUUGGCGGAACGAAAACAGGGGGUCCUCAUGAUUCCCCCAACAUGAAAGAUGAACCGACAGGGGCUCCAACUCCCAAGCCUCAAAAAGCUCACAUCAAAAGAAGUGCUGUUUCUGUGGACUCUGAUACGUCACCCCCCGAGAAGAAAGUCCGCAAAGCUGCCUAG